AUGCCACCGAAGGUGGUUUGUGUGCACCGAGGUGCCGACGAUGUCGCGAACGCCUUUGGUCUUCUGGACGAGUCACAGGUGCAGCUGCUGUACACCAAAUUCCCCGUAGGCAACGGGACCUUCAGGCGCAACAAGUUCAUCUACGUUAUGUUCAUUGGCCCUGGUUGCAGCGUUGUGAAGCGUGGGAAAGGCAUCGCGGAGAUCAAUCAAUUCAAGAACACUCUGCAGGGCGCGGCGGGUAUUACAACGACAGAGAAGUCUUCGCUCUCCCUCUCCAGUCUGAUUCAACUAAUGCGAAAGGUGUUCGUCACUGACACCGGUAACUUCUCCCUUGAGAAGAUUCAGGAGGACUACAAACACUGCAUCCAGGAGCAGCAGCUCAAGAUGCAGCGCGAUGUCGUGGUACCGCGCAAGCCGGCGCCACAGGCAGUGGAGGAGGAGGAGGAGGAAGAGAUGCAGAGUCUCGCCUCCCUUCAGACCGCCAUGCUGAAUAGCAUACCCUGCGAAAUCGACGACAACGCGCGCAAGGUCCUUGACGCGCUCCACACGGAGUUUGGCCCGCUCAACUGGGCCACCUUCGACGCCAACCCCGUGCACCUCACGCUCGUCGACGCCGGAAACGGCGGCAUCUUCGAACUUGUGAAGCACCUGCCGGAGACGAAGUGGCUCUUCGGUUUGUUCCGCAUCACGCUCGGGAGGGGAGAGCAGCGGCUUUCACGGCUUAUCUUCUUUCAGUGGAUUGGCAGCAAACUCAAGCUGGUGCGUCACGCACCCACGACGAGAAUAUUCCCCAAGAUGGCAUCCAUCCUCGCCCCGUACGAGUACGAGGUGUACCUCGUCGGCACGCAGGACCUGAAGCCACAGGCCAUCAUCAACAAGUGCCGCUACGCGUUCGGCAACCACCACCUGGGCGAAAAAGCGGCCGAGGUGACAGACGGCAAGCUGCGCGACAUGAAGGCAGGGCUGCGCCAGACCGCCUUCGCCUUCACGGAGGAGGAGUACAGCGCCGCACUGCAGGAGGAGAGGAGCAAGAUGGAUCUUUCCUUCGACUUUAUCCGCCCCAAGAGGAGGCGGGCAUCGCAUGUAGUCGCAAAUGGCCAAACCAAUGGAAAUGGCGGCCGCAUAUUUGAGACACAAGAGACACUGCAACUCAUCGGCCAGCCGGAGGGCGGACUCAUGUGGGGCAUAUUUGAGGUGCGGGGAUGA